AGAAAAAUGUUAUAUUUAGGGAGUUAAUAUUUCCCUUACAUUAAGAAAUGGUCUUUUAAAACGGAUAUUGUUUGUUUGGGCGUACGUAGGUAUAUACACAUACCGCCGUCAAGUAACGGUGUGGUCGCUACCUGUUAAUUACGGAUACCUGUGUUUAUGUGGAAUAUAACGCUGGGUCGAUAUCCCGGAAACAAUGCAUUUCUGACCGCAAGUUAUUGUGUUAGGACGCUGAGGAUCCGUCAGACACCGGAUUCAUUGGAUAUUGAUAACGUGUUUGUUUCUAGAGGAAGUCGGUGAAUGCGUAACAAGCGUGUGUACACGUGUGUUUUUAAAGAAAGUAGCAACUAUUUGUUUUGUGCAGACAUAUAACGGCAUGUAUUAUAAGUUAAGAGAUAUGGGUACUUAGAUCAGAACGUCCGUCCUCGGACCAGAGACGUGGAUGAUACGUUUGUUUUGAUUGGGACGGUAUUGUGAAGAUGUAUCUUUGAGGAGCAACGAAAUGUCGAUGUUUGAGGAUGAGGAGGAGCGCCUUGAGCCCCUCAGGGUGGAGGAGCACGAGUCCCCAGAACAUAAGAAGUUUUACGACUGCAUACUCCAGGGCACUGUCGAGGAAAUAAAGGAAUGGAACAAGGAUAAUAUGUACAACGUUAGCUUCAAGAAUGGUUUGUCGCCGAUACACGUAGCGGCGAUGAGUGGUCGUGACGACGAGAUGGAGGAUAUCAUAACUAUACUACUGAAGGGUGGUGCUGACGUAAACGCCAAGACCGCAUCUGACCAUAACACCGUCCUUCACCUUCUCAUCAAACACAACCACAUCAGUGUGGCAUUCCCUGGAGUAGUGGCAGCACUGGAAUACUAUCCCGACGUCCAUUGGCGGAACAGGCACUUACGUACUGCGUAUGAUAUAGCUGUAGCCAGAGAGUAUUUCGACAUUGCAACGUGUGUUGACGGGACCAUGAUGCCAGCGGACGCACGUGCACUGUACGGGAAGUCCGUAGGAAUCAUCUACGGUAAACGACUGAUGAAAGCAAUUUUGAAUAACGACGAAGAUGAUGCUAUACUUAGUGUGAAGAAGGGAGCGAAUUGUAACAUAUUGAAUGAUCAUGGUUGUGCUGCUAUCCACUACGUGUUUACGGUGUAUGAACUCCCUCCCAUGCCGCUAGUGACAGCCAUGCAUCAGAUGAAUGCGGACCUCAACAUUACGGAUAACGAAGGUGACACAGCCUUAAAUCUGUGCAUUAAGAGCCGACCAAUGAGGCUGAGUGGGCAGAUGAACAACAUGGUCGCUGCUCUCAUCAGAUGGGGAGCUCUAUCUACAUACAAAGACCUGGACGGAAAAGAUGCGCUCGCUGUAGCCACAGACCGGAACUACAACGACAUCGUGAGACUUCUUAAAAAAGACAGGGCGCAACAUAUAUUGGAGGAGGAGGAAGAAGAAGAGGAUGUCUUUGAUAAUAACAAUACUCCUUUGCAGAAACAAGAACUGGACAUAUCAAAACCACCGUUUGAGUCAGCGUCGUCACAGAAACAAACUACAGAAGAAGAAACGGAAGAAAUUGUACCAGAGGAUGCUGGCAGUUCUCCUUCACAAACCAGUGAAAAAGAGGUGACUGUUGUCGUACCGGUGGCAGCAGGGUUGUCCCAAACACUCAGGGAAAAUAAAGAGCAAGGAAUUGAAGGAACAGUCGGAAAUAUGUCGGCACGAUCAACAGCUGCUUACCCGGAAUCAGAAGUAAUUAAAGAUUCAGGAAAAACUGAGACAGAAACAGAACUCAUGCCCAAAGAGGAACCAGAACAAGAAGAGGAACCGGAAGUUCAAUCACCUCCACCACCCGACCCAACACCACCACCACCACCACCACCACCACCACCACAGGAGUCACUUAACGAGAGUGCCUUGGAGGAAUUAGCGGAGGGAGAUGACGAGUUCAUGGCUAUCCUUAACGACCCAGACGCAGACGUCAACCAACCAAACGAGCUUGGUUUGUACCCAAUACACUUGGCGGUAAUGAACACCGACGCCAAUAAGAGGAAGACUAUCAUAAAACUGUUGAUGGAUAAGGGAGCUGAUAUCAACAUUCAGGCUUUGGAGGACGAUGAUCAUGAUCAGGAAACUGACUCGUCGAUCACCGAGUCGAAUUCAUUGUACAAGCGGCCUUUCUGGGGAGGAAACACACCUCUGCACAUCGCCGCUUGGAGGAACCAUCUUGUCUCCGUCAAACAGAUUCUAUCGUACAAACCCGAGUACAAUAAGGUGGACAGCGAUGGCAAGACAGCCCGAGAUAUUGCAGAGGAAAACGGCUUUACGAAAAUUGUCGAUUUGAUAGAUAAAUAUGCAAAAAUAGCUGAAAAAUGGAACGAACCAGAGAAAAAAUCUAAGAGUUGCAUAAUUCUAUAAUACUGAUUAAUCAGAACGCAUGUUUAUACCUAUUAUACAACAUGUUGUCCUUGCGGUGUUAUAUGCAUUAAGUAGCGACUGGUAAUGAGAGCACUGGCUGAUAUGGAAUCUGUGGCGCCAGCUACCCGGAUCGAAGGACUGCCGAUUGCUUGAUGAAUUUGUUAUCCCAAACAAUUGUCACUGAAAACAAAAUUCCUUGGACAGAUUAUAGAUACAAAGUUGUCUACACAUAAUUUUAUACGCCUUCGGCAAAUCAAUACAAGUACGGUUACUAUGGUAGUAUACUGUGAUAUAAAAGAAAGGGGAUAUGAAAACCGAAAUACGCAAAGGGAAGAGAGAAAUGUGACCUACGACCAUUCAUAAAAUAUUACACGGAUAAAAGUGGGGACAUAUGUUUAACCAGCUGUGUCAAUUCUCUAUGGUAUGCACGUUUACGCAUUUAUUUUUAUAAACUGUUAUUUAUAUAAUUAUGUUUAUGUAUGCAUAUGUCUAGUCAUAACUUUCUACAGUGCAAACUGUUUGUUUUUAUCAGUAAGAUAUCUUCCUGUAUUUCUGUCUUAAUGCCAGCAGGUACCAUAUCUUUGAUAUAUAUAGUGAUUCUGUUUAUUUUCUGCUGUACAAAUGAUUUCUAUGACACUGUAUUGUCUCUACGUUUGUGUUAUAACGCCCACUCAAAAUGAAUUACAAAACGUAAUUUCAUUCUCCACACUAAAAGAGGCCAACAUAGCAAACUGGAUGUUGGAUUUAUCAUAUUUUCUUUUCCAUUAUUUUGACUUGCAAUGACAAAUUUAUCAUUAUCUAUAUUCUACUUUGCAAAGUUCAUGUGUUUAAACAUUGUUAGGAUGUAUGCAAAAUUUGUAUGGAGUAUCUGAUAUUGAUAACUCAUCAACGUUACAUAAGAUACAUGUAUGUAUAUGUGCCACGUUAAAGCUUAACGCUGUGAUAUUUAAGUCAUGUUGUAGUUACAGAUACUGAUGAUUUCUUGUAUAUUUUAUGACAUGUCUAUCAUUUACAUUUGAAUUUCAAUCUCUAUACUAUAUAGUUUACUCAAACCUUCAGUAACACUACACUGUAUUUGUAUUACAUCCUCCAUUCAUAGUCUUAAUAUACUAGUAGUAUCAGGCACAUGUGUAACUAUACCUGUCUGUAUGUCAUCUAGGCCUCAUUAUUAUAUAAUGCGUUUGAUUUUCCUUAACUUUGAUCAGAUAUAUUUUGAACUAUAGCACGGCUAAAAUGACUAGAUCACGUAUAUUGCAAGAUCAUGUGCAAACUAUUGAACACCUGAGACAUUUCGGAAUUUGGUCACGUGGGAAAUAUUGAACACCUAUGACGUUUCGGAAUUUAGCCCUAUCAUUUCAAACGUCUAAGCAUAGGUACUUGUAUCUGGCAAUUAACAAAAAGGAAAAGUUAUCCUCGAUAUGUACUAUAUACAGACGACAAUACUGCCAGACGACAGUCAUGGUGCCUUCAAGGCUUAAAAGAAAGUUGAGGUUUCAGUGAUUCUAAGUGUGUAUUAGUGAUUAUGUAUUAUUUAUUAAUAAAACAAGUAUAUCAUGGCUGCCUGUGCAAUAGUCCAGAAGAUUUGACCCUCGGGGUACUGGUAAUCGACCGAUGUCCUAUUGCACGAGAGAGAAGUGCAAUAGAGCAUCGGUCGAUUACCAGUACCACGUGACAAAUAUUCUGGAUUAUUGCACAGACACCCGUGAUAUAUUUGUAUAGCAUAUGCCAUCCACAAUGUUGUCACUUAUUCCACAGCCAGUGAAGGUGUGUAUCAUAUAUACAGACUUUACAGAUUGUUCAUUAAUGCUGACCGAUUCUUUAUUAUAUACAUUCUAUUCACAUUAAUUAAGAACAAGUAAUAUUGAAAAUGUCGUUAUUUAUUCAACAAAGAUGUCGACGUUCUGUCUCACCUAGCAGAUACGAUUUUGAGCUAAUGAAUAUGCACGAUAGAUUUUCAGAAUCUUCGGCUUUAUAGAAGAUCGACUCAUAUUUGUUUUAACAUUAUUUACAAGCAUUUUAACGUGUUUGUUCAUGUCUGAUUCAUAUUUAACAAGUCUUCUAUGUGAAUUACAGUACAACUUCGUGACUUGCAUUGGGGCACCUAUUUUUUAUAUAAGUUAUUGACCGGCUGCAAUCAUUAUGGACAAGAAAUAUAUUGAUGUAUAUUUUGUUUUGUUUUCCUGUUUUGAUAUCAUCUAAGGAGGACAGCUAUCACUUAUAGUUUCCUUUUUCAUUUUCUGACUAUUUUAACAAUAUGAAAAGUAAUUUAUUAAAUGAACAUGAUAAAAAUUAAA